AUGAAGGUCAGCCUAGGUCUUGGGAUGCUGCCAAGAGAAUGCAAGCGAGUUAUCGAAUAUGAGGAGGACGAAGCUACCCUGAACACCCCCUCUUACCUUGGCACCUCUAUUUUGAGUAUCAAGACCCACGACCUCGUCAUAGAGGCAAUCAAUACAGCCAGAGGUGGGGUUAUGCGGAUGCUCAAGGCGAAGGAAGGACAACAUGCUGCCAUUGCUGAGGCUGCUGGUGGUGAAGAACACAGAGCUGAUACUGCCAUUCGGACAAUUUCAACCAGGGAAGAGAAAGAGGAUGAGGGGACGGAAAUGGAGGCAGAUGAGUUGACAAGGAAGGUUGACAAGGAGUCGUGGGAGGUGGAGGAAGAGAAGAAGAAAAUGGCGAUGCUGCAGGAGGACAUGAGAAAGCUGGAGGAGAGAAAGCGAGAGCUGGAGGAGUACAACCAGAAGCUGUUGAAACUGGUGGAGAUCGAAAAGGACAGUGGUGGUAAGGAUGAUAUGGAAGAUAAGGAACAGUGUGGUGAGGAGGAGGAGGAGGAGGAGGAGGAGGAGGAGGAGGAGGAGGAGGAGGAGGAGGAGGAGGAGGAGGAGGAUGUUGUCGUUGUUGUGCAGAAAGGGAAGAAAAGAGGAAAAUCUGGGGGAUCUGGAAGACCAUCCAAAAAGGCUACCACUGACAAUAUUUGUCGAUCCAGCAGACCCAGGCAACCCUCAAAAAAGGCCAUGCGAAAGUGA